AGAACCGGUGUACCCAAAGCAAGAAUGUGUUUGGAGACCUGGAUGUUGCCAGCCAAGCUUCGAUUAAGGAUCUCGAUGGCCUCCGAGGGAACCUUCCGCUGACUGCCCUCUUCCGCACAUUUCAGGAUGAGUGCAUGAAAAUUUGGUCCCUCCUUCGCAGUGGCAAGUUUUCCUGCCCCACCAACAAGCAGCCCAUCAACGGCCCGGAUGGCAAGAGGGACCUCAACAAGUGCCUGAUGUGCCAGAGACUGCUGGAAAGAGACUCAAAAAACAAAGGAAGUGGUGGAGAAGUGAACAGGGACGUGAGCUCCGGAGAGGAUGAGUGCCGGGAGUUUCGGGAUCUGUUCAAGAAAGGGAAACUUUCUUGUACAAGAGAGAAUGACCCUGUGCGGGAUUCCUCGGGGAAGCAGCACAGCAAUAAGUGCAUCAUGUGUGCAGAGAAGUUCAAAAGGGAGAAUGAGCAGAAAGCAACUACAACCAGAGGAAGAAAAGAUAAGGAUGACUGCAGUGAGUAUCGCUCCCAGUUCGAGGCCGGAGGACGGCUGUCCUGCACACGGGAGAACGACCCUGUUCGGGAUUCCUCUGGCAAGCAGCACACCAACAAGUGUCUCAUGUGUGCAGAGAAGUUCAAAAAAGAAGCCCAAAGAGGAGGCCAGUCUGGUGGAACUGCCCAGCGCAACAAACCGCUCACUGCAGAAUGUGCAAACCAGAAGAGCUGCAGUGGCUCAGGGUCUCAGCAGGGCAUGAACAACAGACGGCCCUUCUCCACGAACAGAGGCCCGCAAGGAAACUCGGCCCAGAGCGGUGGGGACUGCAGCCCGGCGCCUGGCCGCCCAGGACAGCGCGGAGGCCCCGACACCUACCAGCCGCUGGACUGUGAUCGAAUUCUGCACGGGGUAAAGGGUGGAAGGAUUUUCUGCAACAAAUCCUCACAACCCGUCUGUGGCACUGAUGGGAAAACAUACAAAAAUGAAUGUGACUUGUGUUCAGCUGCCAUGAGAGCGUCAGUCUACAUCACAGUAAACUAUCGAGGUGAAUGCCGAAACUCUGUCCCUGAAAUGAAGUAACGGAGUUCAGACUGCCAGCAAAUACCAGGGAUCAGCUGUGACCAAAGGGCAAGUAACGGAAGAGUUGAUGUCAAGCAUCAUAGGAGCUGCAGAGUUCCUGGCGCUGUUGGAGUCACCUUUGUCCCCUUCUGCAGCAAACGGGCCUGUCCUUGCUCAGGUGGAGGGCGAAGAGUUGCGGGGACCCAGUGGUGGCUUCCCAAGUUGGCCCCAUGCGUGCUGUUGCGGUUGCUGCUCGGCUCGGGCUCUGCCACCUCGCUGUGUCUUAGUGUGUUUCUACAAUAAAGAUAACUCCAC